AUGCUAUCAGGUGGUCGUGGCAUCGUUCAGCUGCCCUACCAGACGAUCGAGGCUACUGCGCGAGGUGGCUUGAAGGACUUCGAGGAUGCUUGUGGAUAUUUGGAAUUCCAGGAUGACCAAACUGAGUAA